UGUUGGUCUUACGACGGAAAGGUUUAGUACAUUGCUGUGGCGAACUCACUAAUCACCCCUCCCUUCCAUUCUAGUGCAUUCAUGCUUCCUCCUUGCUCUGCUUUGAGCUUCGACGACGUCGCCAAGCUUCCAGCGAGGAUUAGCAUCGCUGUUCGCGAGGGAUUUGCUUUCGCGACGACUCACGAGUGUACGGAAAGCGUUGGAGCGGGUUUCGCAUAAGGAGUCUGCGAAUUGUGGAGCUGCUGUGGGAAUUUGAAGCUUAAGAAAAGGUUUUGAGAAGGUUCAGGGAGUUCGGAAGAGAUUUUGAUGGCGAUGGCGGCAUCGGGAGGGGAGUUUGAUCACCUGUUCAAGGUAUUGUUGAUAGGGGAUUCAGGGGUGGGGAAGAGCAGCUUGCUGCUUCGGUUUACGGCCGACACGUUUGAUGAUCUAUCGCCAACAAUAGGGGUGGAUUUUAAGGUGAAAAUGAUGACGCUCGGGGGAAAGAGGUUGAAGCUGACGAUCUGGGACACUGCGGGGCAAGAGAGAUUCAGAACCCUGACGAGCUCGUAUUACAGGGGGGCGCAAGGUAUCAUUCUUGUGUAUGAUGUCUCCCGACGGGCGACGUUCACGGAUUUGUCGGACAUCUGGUUGAAGGAGGUGGACCGUUUCUCCACGAAGCCGGACUGUAUCAAGAUGCUGAUAGGGAACAAGGUGGACUUGGAGGAGCGGGAGCGAGUGGUGACCAAGAAGGAAGGGAUUGCAUUUGCCCGGCAGCACGGGUGUCUGUUCUUGGAGGCUAGUGCUAAGACGAGCAUCAACGUGCAGCGGUGCUUCGAUGAGCUCGUGCAGAAGAUUUUGGAUACUCCGAGCUUGAUUGACAAUGUUGCGCAGCUGAAGAAGAAUGUGCUCAGACCUGGGGAGACCGCGGAUUUGCCAUCUCCUGCAGCCGGCGGUGCAUGCGGUUGUUGAGAGGUUAUUAUUGCAGAAUUUUGAGAUUUCCCGAACUUGUCAUUUAUUACUCUCUUGUACAUGUGUAAUUUCUUUUUUCAUUCAGGCAUUGGACACUUUCUGUAAAUAAUUUUUGAUAUGACGAUUAUUUAUGUGUUUAGGCAGAUAUCCUGGGCCCAUUGUUUUUCCACGAAUGUGAGGAUUGUGAAUUUGACUGUCCACUCCUCUAAGCUAUCUUACAGCUUUUAAUGGGCUUGAUGAUUUGGUUUUAGUUUUGCUUUGUUCUGUUUUAGUAUUCUCAUAUCUAUUUUGUAUUUCAUAACAGUCAAGUUGUUUGAGUGUUUUUUUGUAUCUUUGACAAGAUACUCAGUUGUUCCCAAACACACAUUUGAUCAACAACCGAAGAAGUAAAAGUUUGGUGCUGUAGCGUACUUGACUUUUUGGA